AUGGCGGCAAAGGUUGAGCUUGGAAGUUGCAACUUUCUAAGAUCGAACGCCAAUUAUUUACAUCAAAGUCUUCAAAUAUACGAACAAAAGGACCCAAAUGUACAACAAUACAGGCUAUUCUGGACUGAUGGACAAAACGUAUGGAUACUGCCUGUGAAUUUCCAAUCUAACGGAAAAGAAACUUCAUGUACUACUACUUCAGCACACGAGCCAUCUUUAGUUGGAGAAUUUGACGGCUUUGUGUUAGGCGUCUCGUGUAGUGCAUUUACAUGGGGAUCCAAUGGAUGUUUUAUUUCAGUUAUUUUGAAAGAAAAGGUCGUUGUUUUGUUCAGGCAACCUGGGAAAACUGUGGUCAAGGUCGUGAAAGAGUACUCUACAGUAUCUGUUCCUCAAUGCUGCGAGUGGCAUCCCUAUCAUCCAAUCUUAGCUGUGCUGUGCAAGACUUCAGCAAUGCUUUUAUGUUUUUCAGAAGAACUAGAUUGCAUCGUGGUUCCAGUCCAAACUUCUGACAGGUGGUUAACAUUUAACAUUACCAUUGAUCAAAUUACUGCUGCAUAAACUUACAUUGUAAAGAUCUAUAAUCCUAAGUUUGUUUAUUUAGACGGUAAGAAUUCCCCUUUAACUGAGUGAAAAAAUCCCAAAAUGUUCUACAUUUGAUUAUGAACUAACUUUUAGCCCUAAAGCUCUGUUAGAGGAAGAAAGGAAAAAAGAACUUCUUUUCCUUUUUUCCUUUACAUGUUUAAAAAUAGGAAAGGUGUAUUCUGGUCCCGGGGCGGUGGUGGUGGGGGGCAGGGGUACUACCAUAUAUGGGCUAUAUAGGUAUGUACCGCUGUAAAGGGUAUUGUUUUCAAGCAGUUUACUCUAGGAUAGGGUAUAUAAAACUGAUCGGUUGGUUGAAAAUGUUAUCUAGACUAGGGAUUGUGGUAUAAGGUUUUGUUUUGGCUAGACUGUGCUAGUGACCGCAGUAGUUUCUGGAAAACAGGAUAUGGGGGAUUUGGGGAGUUUACUCUAGUAUAGGGUAGCAAAAUUCAGCUGAAUUAGCUCUGGUAUACAAGGCUGUGCCCUAACGAAAAUUGAAGGGAGCCCAGUGCUCUGAAACUGUAAAAUCCAGGGUGCCCAGCAUAAGAUUUGUAUGAAAAAUUUGAGAUUUUCUAGUCGCCCGAGGGUAAAAGUUAGGCACCAGGGGCCACCGGGCUCUGCUAGAGCACAGCCCUGGUAUAGGUUAAGGGUUCCAGGGUCCCAGGAGCACAUCCCCACCCACAAAUUCUUAAAGUACCCUCCCCUGCCCCUGGAAAUCUGGUCAGCUUGCAAAGAAAGUACUGUCCGAUAGCCCAGAGCAAGUGGAUUUUGCUAUCGGGCUAGUGAAUUCUGUUCUUAACUUGCCUGAUGGGCAAGUGAAGUAUUUUGAGGAAUUCAACGUACGGAAGAAGUGUGAAAUCAAUAAUUAGAAUUAUGCUGCUCAUCAAAAAAUUUUGGGGGCUAGUUGAAAUGACAUUUGGGCUAGUAAAUGCUAGCUUCAGCUUGCCUGACUGGCAAGCUGUAAAAUGACUUUCUUUGCACCCUGAAUCUGGUAUUGCUUUAUACAAGGAUAGGGUACUAAGAUCUUAAUUUCAUUAGUGCUGUAUUUAACAAUUAUUCUUAGAAAUCAAGGUGAAUAUCGGCAGAAUGCAGCAAGGUAAAUAUUCCUAAAGCCACUAUUCACCAAGAUUGAAACAGUAAUAUCAAUAAUGUCACACUUUCUGUCCUGUUUGUUUACAACCACAAUAUCUGGUCUUCCAGCUUUUAUUAUCAUUAUUAUUAUUAUUAUCUCUUUUAUCACAGUCUUUGCUGGUGUUCUUUUUGUGCAUCAGCCGGGCGCAAACCAUGCACCUAGAGUGUCAUUCACUCAAGUCAAUCAUUCUGUUCAUACACUGAGCACCUUUCUGAGGAUUCGCGCGGAUCCCAGCAUGCAGAUCUUUUGAAUCUCUCUAGUAGUAGCUCUCUCUGAUACUUUCUUGAUGUUUUCUACCAUACCCUUCUUCACUGUGCGUACAUUUUGUAAAACUGCGAUUGCUCAUAACAUCAAGUUGACAACACUUGAAGCAGAACUACAGGUACAUUUAUGUAACCAAGCAACCUAACUUAAGUUAAUUCAUUUCAGAAUUUUACAGACUUGUUCUUGGAGUAAUGAUGGCAGAAGUCUUGCGGUAGCAGUAGAGGAAAGUUUAUGCAUUUUUACAUGGACAGAAUUAAGGGAACCUAAACAGUUUUCCUUUGUUCAGUGGAAUAGUCUGGAGCUGACAGGGAAGAUAAAAUGCAUUGUCACAUGGCAAUCUUCAUCUUUUAUAGUUGCUACAGAACUUCCUUUGGACAAGCUUUGUGGUAUUAAUAAAACUGAGAGAGACUUUUUUGAGGUUGAAAAUGAAAGCCAAAGUUAUCAAAAUGGACCAGACUCCUUCGAUAAGAGCUUGGAUGAUGCUGAACAUCCAGUUCUCGUGCAAAAAACAAAUCAUGAGCUACCUUCUCUGUUAAAGUUGAAGCCAAGAAAGCAUGAGCUAGAACAACCAGUAGCUUUGGCUCAAGUUAUUGCCAUUUGUUGUGAGGGUCCCAAGCCACAUGAGAUGUGCAGAACAAGUAUCCAAGGACUUAUUUCACCUGAGUUGCUCUUGUUUCAGGUUUGUACAGGGUUGUCAGUAAGAUUUCAAGUUGCCGGGUAAAUACAACAAGUAGGAGGGGACUCAAACAGCUAGGGAUUUGGUUUGGUUCUAUUUUUCUUCUAUUUUCCUAUGAAAGUAGCCGGGGAUCACUCUCAUAGUAGCCGGGGGGAAAUCCCCGGCCCCCACCUCUUAAUGACAGCCGGGGGUUUGUAUCUAAAACAAAAUAAAUUAAUUUAUUGUUUUCCUAUUUAAAAUUGUAAUACCGUACUGAUGUCUCUUCAAUGUGCAAUGAAGGUCUGUUUUACAGCUUGCUUGAGCUAGCAUUUACUAGCCAAAGAGUCAUUUUACUUUUAAAACUCUCUGUUUCAGUAGCCUUUCCUCUGAUGCCUGGCCGCUCUGUGGCCCAGCGACGCUGAAUGUUGGUUGAUCAUUAGUCUGGUCUGGACUAGCAUGGCGAGUAAUGAAUGAUCUGUUUGUUACCUGAAAAUUACAAGGAAAAAAGAUUAUACGAGCUGCCUCACUUCAAAUGAUUCAAUAAACAGUGUUAAAUGAGAAUUUAAGAAUAUAUUUUAAAACAGAUGGAAAUGCCAAUUUUCCGCUUUGAAGCCGGUAGAUGGACCUGUGUCUAAACGGUAGGAGAACGUCUAUAAAAAAUGCCAACAUGGACAGAACCACUCCCCCCCCCCCCCCCCCCCCCCCCCCGCAAAAAAUUUAUAUAUACAUUUAUUAUUUAUUCAUGACCAGCAGGAUUGUUUACAGCUUGUCAGUCUGUAGUUUGAAUUCUCCCAGUCAGAUAAGUUGAGAACAGAGUUCCCUAGCCCAAUAGCAAAAUCCACUAGCCCCAGACUAUUAGCCUGUGUACAGACAUCCCCCUCCCUCAGGAAAAAUCGGGAGAGGGGAUGUCUGUGAAUCGCCGAUGAUAAUCGUGUUCCCGUUUCCCCGGAAUGUUGGGGACAGCCUCUGAUUGGUUGUAAUGUUAAUGCCAUGAUGCAAAUAAUUUCUGGUGUUGUGAUUGGUGAAUGAACCUCAGAGUAGAUUCCCCGGGGAAAAACUCAGCCUUUGUGGACAUUCAUAUUUGUUUACCGGUAUUUGAAUUUUGGCUCUCUCGAAAAGGCAUGAGAAGUUAAGACCACCGAUGUUUGCUGCACUGGUUGCAGGUGCGUCUGUCUGUACUGGUCGGUAUUGUAAAUAAAAGAGAAGGCAUACAAAAUCCAACCUUAACAGCCAAGGCAGGUCAAGCUUACCAAGAAAAGAUUCUAUUACUGAAUUGAUUAUUUGAAAAAAUGAAUCCGUUCGUCGUUCCCGUAACUGGUGUCAAAUUUAAAUCGGCAUUCCUGUAUGCCGAAUGAACAGUAAAUAUUUUAAGAGAACUUCUCUGCAGUUGGUCAGAUUGAAAAUCUUUGAAUGGAUUAAAUGUCUUAGAUGACAUUUACAUCAAAUUCAGGGAAACUGAGCUGGUAGAAAUUUCGUAACUGAAUCGCGUGUGAAUUCACGGCUCAUGCAAGAAUGCACACAGAGAUGAAUCUGAAAUCUACAACUACCAACGGUUCAACUUUCGAAUAAUAAAUGUAUCUUAGGGAGGUACGCUUGACCUGACUUGACUGUAGCCAGAGAUUGUUAUAUUUGAUUUUUGGGUGGACAUUGCGUGAAGAUGUUCGGCUAGCCUGUGCACAGACCGGUCUCGAUAAAAAGCUGGAUGUACACGGAAAAGUUGACAGUCGCUUUCUUGUUUUUUUAUUAAAUACGUUUACAUAUGGCCUUGUGCUAAUUGCUGCCGCUAAGUGUCUGCUCUCCUCUCCCGAUUUUUCCUGAGGGGACGUCUGUACACAGGCUACAGACUAUCAGACAUAACGUUUUUUUGCAGGCUGCUAUAUUUCAGAGAGUAAAUUAGAGGUCUAAUGGUUAUUUGAGUUUAUACUGUCUUAUUGCCAGCCUGUACCUUCAAGUGACCACCUCUCUUAACCUUUGUAACUCCCAAGAGUGACCAACAGCAAUUUUCUUGUAAUUUUAUCAUUCCAUAUUCAAGAGAAAAGGUUGUGAGAACUAAGAAAAUGAUCAUCUAAGGGAAAUUGCUUUGAUCUUUUAUCAGUUUUUCAUUUAGGGAGCAAGGGUGGCAUAGUGGUGAGAGCAUUCGCCUCCCACAAAUGUGACCCAGGUUCAAAUCCUUGCAUCAAUGUCAUACGUAGGUUGAGCUUGUCGUUGGUGAUCAGGCUAUCAGAGUUGACUCGAGUGGUGUAAUGAUUAAUCGAAUUCUCAGUUAAUUGUGAUUAUGAACAUUUGGUUCGAUUCACUAUUCUUUGCUUCCACGUUUUGAUUUUGGUUCAAUUUUUGCACACCUUUCCCAGGGUGUCCUCAGUGAGUUAUUAUAAUUGUAAAAUCAGAAUCCAGAACUCUUUAAAAUGUGUCUUUUUGAUUGACAAGCAAAAACGAUAGCGGUUCAUGUGCCAUUUUGUUUUGCCUGGUAAAAAUGCUGUCGUUCAACCACCCCUUGAGAAUUUCCAAAUAAGGCAAACCAUGUGCGACACACUUUUUGUCAGGUUCUUAAUAAAUGACCAAGUGACUAUGAAUCCUCCUGUCCUUGUUACUAUUCUCAAAUUGAGGGUUUUAGGGUUGCAUGUUAUUUACAUAUUGUGUUAUGUUAUGAGAAGUAAGGAACAUAAUCGAAUCAAAAUACUCGAAAUCAAAUCGAAUCUUUACAUGCCUUGUUGACUCCCCUCUUCUAAAGAACAAACAUUUUCAAAUUCUAAUUCCACCAAGAAUCUUUUAGACAAAGAGCCACUAUGUAAAUGUGCUAUCCCUACCUCUUGUUACUUUUAUUAUUUAUGAUUUUUAUGGAAAUGUAUAAGAUCAGUCUGGAGAAUAGCCUCCCUGCAGACGUCCUUUGGGGUUUGUUCGUCACGCGUUCAUUUCACCCCUACAGGGCAGAAAUGAAUGCAUGACAAACAAACCUCAAAGGACGUCUGCGGGAAAAGACACCUUGAGAGGCUAUCUGGAGAAUUUGUAAGAGGAUAUUGGGACUUUAAGGGUUAAGCAAGAGUAGGUAAAGGUAUACAUAUUGACAAAAUGCUUUUUCUUCUUUUCUCUCAAACAGCCACUGACAAAAUCUGUUGUUGUAGGAAGUCAUUGCUGCAGCAAGCUUCACUGCUAUUCUCUUCAGACAUCCACUCUGACUGGUAAAACUGAGUUUCAGGUUCAAAAGGAGGUGUUAGAACUGGAUCCUAACCAUAAACCUAAAGGAAUAUGCACAAUUCCUGGAGAUGGACAAAGCUUUCUUUGUUUACUUGGGAAAUCAAAAGAACCAGUUAACCUGACUGCUUUUCCGCCAUCCACGAAUACUGACCAAUAUGAUGUUACCCUAAAGUGUUUCACUACAGUUCCUUCUAAGGACAGUGUGAAGAAAUCUGAGGGAACCUUUGAUCAGCAAGAAAACAAUGAUCAGUCCAGUGAAGAUUCACCAUCUUUGAGGCUUCCUGACAGAAGUGUUUUUAACGGAUUAAUUAAAGUGGUGGAAAAUGAGAAUGCAUCUUUGAUCUCUGAACUGAAACCUUCUCAUGGUAAUGGAGAAAUCAGUGACAACUCAAAAGAUGUUAUUAAAGGUACGACUGUUAUACUGUUAUACACACAAUGUACUGUGACUUUUUGAUUUAUCUCAAAAUUGCAUGUAGUUUUGCAUGUUACCUUGAGGGCAUAAUAUUUUUUGUCCAAAAUGUUUUGUUAUUUGGACCUCUCAAUGGAGAUGCUUUUCUUUCUUUUACACUACUGUACAUUGUAAAUAAAUUAUUUACUGCCUUUCUUUUUCAAAGAGUAAGUCUUGUCUGUGUUUGUUGUAUUGUAAAAGGCCACAAUCCCAUACAACUCUAGGUCACAGUUUUGCCUACAAAUUUUAUUUUGUUUUGCAGAAGACCUCAGCAGUUGUUUGAAACAAAUUAAAGAGUUAAGAUCAACUAUGAUGAGUACACUUUCAGAGAUAACUGCAAAUGUUGCUGCACUUGAAAAGAGAAUUAUUGAAAUGACAUCAAAUAAUAUGGAUGAAAAACACAAGUGCCCCUUGUAUCCGUUACAAGAUGCUGCAGGUACAGAUAUUUUAUUCUAGUUCUCUCUUCUUGAACUCAAUGGAAACGCUUUCCUCUCAGAGAAAAUUAUUGCAAGUCAUUAUUACAUGUUGUGUCAGUUCUGUCUGGCUCCUUUUUACCUGUGAUCAUACUUCAAUGAAUCACACAUCUGCAUGCUAUGAAUUGCCGGUCAUUUUUGGGUUCCUCCACUCCUUGAUCAGCCUGGGCCAGGCUCUCCAGUGGGGACAAGAGGUAAAAAAAAUCGGCGAGCAGGGAAAAUAGUUGCUGCUAUGGUUUUGCUCAUCUUUAAGCAAGGCUGUGCUCUAAGGAAAAUUGAAGGGAGCCCAGUGCUCUGAAACUGUAAAAUCUAGGGUGCCCUGCACACGAUUUGUGUGAAAAAUCUGAGAUUUUCUAGUUGCCCGAGUGCAAAAGUUAGGCGCCAGGGGCCACCUGGCUCUGCUAGAGAACAGCCCUGUUUGAGCCAAGGAAUACGCAAAGAGUCUCGUAAAGAAAUUUGUAAAUUGCUUGCACGAAAUACAUGCUGGAAAUCCGUCCUUUUCUGGGUAUUAAAAAGCAUGAUAUUUCGUCUGUCAACAACAGAGUGAAUCUGUCAACAUUGUUGCAUUAGACUUAUCAGAGCAUGAUACCAGAAUCUGGUAUCAUGGAAUGGCAGCAUUAAAGGUACAUGUAUGUCUCCAGGCUCUGUCGCCCUUUCCCCCUCCCCAGUCCACCACUCAGUUCCCUUCACUCGCUGACUUUUGCUGUUUCACCCCAUUUUUCUUUCCCCCCCCUAGUACAGAGCCUGGUUCCAGGCUACUCCUUUAACCUUUAUUCAAAAGCGUGCUUUUAUUUCUGAAUGAGCUGAAUAUCAUUUGCAGCCAAACAAAGUUGAAUGACAUUGCGCAUGAGGAGGCCAUUAUUAUUUUGUAGGCAGUUAUUUGAAGGUCAUGUGAUGAGCUCUCAGCCAAUGAAAAUGAAGAAAAAUUUGCAACAAAUGAUAACAACAUUAUUCAUUGUGCAAGUGAAAACAUUUUUAGACUAGUACCCUCCAGUUACAAUGUAAAUGAAAGGAUUAUGUCAACUCUGACAUCUUUAUUUACAGUACUUAGUUGUGUUUCCCACCAGAAUUUGUCUGUGUGAUGUGGACAGAUGAACUAACUGGGGCAGUGGAGCAAGAGAAUUUCCUUCUUGACAAGGGGCGACUAAAACUUAAGACUGUCAAGCAAGCCUUUAAUGCUUCUCUGGUGCGGAUAUCUAUUGGUAAGUGAAAGAGGACAAUGGGAUAUUUUCAAUCUUGUACCAACAUUUUUCCACCUCGUGAGGAUAAUCUACCAUUUUUCUACAUUUUGUAAUACAGAGUAGGACUUAGCCCAGAGGAAUUGAAUUUUAAGAUGAGUCAAGUGCAAGUGUAGGUGCGACUAUAAAGGAAUUUUCAGGUGGAGAUGUGCCCAAAAUCCCUUCCUUUCCUAGAGCUGCUAUUUUUCAGAAACUUCUUAAGUUGUUGCUUUCUUUGUUAUUAAAAUGAGUUGUGGGUAAAUUUAGAUUUGAUUAUUUUUUUAUUCCCAGUUUCCCUAGUCUAAAAAUCUUCAACCAACUGAACAGUUCCGUGGAACAAGAUACCUUAUUCUAGACCCAAACUUUCUGAUUUCUGACUAAGCUGACUAUUGUCUAUUCCAGAUGAAGCUGCUUGAAAACCAUACCAUACACAGUGGCACACACAUGAGGGUGGUGAAUAGGGGUAUGCAAAUCCACCGAUUCGUUAUGAUUUAUUAACCAAAUCUGCUGUUAAAAUUUUGCCUGAAUCUGAAAUCUGGGCAAAAUUACUUUUAUUACACACACAGUCCAAAAUCUGGGCCCAAAAAUGGAUGAAUCUGCAAUCCGCUGCAAUUGCAGGAUGCAGAAAUCCAUUAAAACCUUGCUUUGAAUCCGAAAUCCGGGCAAAAAUAUUUCCAAAAUCUGCUGAUCCAUUUGCCUAUUCACCCCCCUCAUACAUGCAGCUACGUAGCCUCAGGUGUCUAGGGCUGGAGUUUGAGUUACAUGGCCUUUAGUUACACCAGACCUUCACAUCAGUAAAUUAAACCCUUCACAGUUUGGAUUCCUUUUCACAUGUAGGUGAUCUACAUGUACUACUGACAGCUUGAUCCAAGCUACAUUUGAGCAUAGUUUAAAUAACAGUUUCUUGAUUAAAACCUGUUUUUCAUGUUGCAGGUAAUGUUGCUUGUAUUGUUUCAUCUGGAGAGGGUGGCUUUAUCCCCAUGAGAUUUGUAAAGGGCUCUACCGUUCAAAUGUCUGGACAUUCAAAACAUCAGUACAGCAGCAAAAGCCAAUCUUAG